GACUGUCGAUUUUGAAUGCAGUUCUGUGUAGCACGUGUUGACUGUUGAUCGUGUUGGUAGUUCGCGUUGAUUUCGGUGUGGCGGGUGACCCUCACCCGAUGUUGAUUGUAAAAUUUUUAUCAAGCAAGUUCUAUAUAUGCCGUGAAUUUUAUCUAAAAUUUCAUAUACAAAUAAGUUGGCAUUUGCUUUUGGCUGGCUUUGAUUUAGAGUGACGAGAUGAAGCCUAAAGGGAAAAAGAAGGAUGACAAGUCAUUUGGCUUUGACGAUGAGCAGCCGGACGGUUUCGUGUCGGAUGCCGAAGAGCCGGACACUCGUCGGCUGGUGGCCGAGCAGAAUAGAAAUAAAAAGAAGUCCGGUGGAUUCCAGUCCAUGGGCUUCAGUAACAGCGUCUUCAAGGGCAUUACCAAGCGCGGAUACAAAGUGCCAACGCCCAUUCAGAGAAAGUGCAUCCCUGUGAUCCUCGAGGGCAAGGAUGUGGUGGCCAUGGCCCGCACUGGCAGCGGCAAGACGGCCUGCUUCCUGCUGCCAAUGCUGGAGCGGCUGCAGGUGGCCUCGGCGCAGGCUGGCGCUCGCGCGCUCAUCCUGUCGCCCACCCGGGAGCUGGCGCUGCAGACGCUGCGCUUUACCAAGGAGCUGGGCCGGUUUUCGAACCUGCGCGCGGCCGCUGUGCUCGGAGGUGACUCGAUGGAGGGACAGUUCUCGGCACUGCACGAGAAGCCGGACAUCAUCAUCGCCACGCCCGGCAGGUUCGUGCACGUCUGCGUGGAGAUGGAGCUGCGCCUGGACUCGAUCGAGUACGUCGUGUUCGACGAGGCCGACCGGCUGUUCGAGAUGGGGUUCGCCGAGCAGCUGCGCGAGAUCCUGGCCCGCCUGCCCGACACCCGACAGACGCUGCUGUUCUCUGCCACCCUGCCCGGCCUGCUGGUCGAGUUCGCCCGCGCCGGUCUCACCGACCCGGUCCUAGUCAGACUGGACGUGGAGUCGAAGCUGUCUGAGCAGCUGCGGCUGGCCUACCUGCGCUGCCGGGAGGACGAGCGCAGUCUGGUGCUGCUGCACCUGCUGCAGCACGUGGUGCCCGCCGGACAGCAGACUGUCGUGUUCGCCGCCACCAAACAUCACGUCGAGUACAUCCGGCUGCUUCUGGAGAAGGCGGGCAUCAGCGCGACGUUCCUGUACUCGGACCUGGACCCGGCCGCGCGGAAAAUCAACACAGACAAGUUUCGACACAAGAGGGUGGACGUGCUGGUGGUGACGGACGUGGCGGCGCGCGGUAUCGACAUCCCCCACUUGGACAAUGUUAUCAACUACAACUUCCCGGCCAAACCCAAACUGUUCGUGCACAGAGUCGGCCGUGUGGCGCGUGCCGGUCGCCAGGGCACCGCCUACUCGAUCCUGAUCCAUAACGAGAUGCCGUACCUGCUGGAUCUGUACCUGUUUCUGGGCUCCAAGCUCACGUUCACACCCAACACCAGUCUGGACGAGGACGUCGACUGGCACGGGUACGUGGGCACGGUGCCCCAGGAGCUGGUCGACGUCGACUCGGAGCAGAUGCAGCUGUGGCACAGCAGCUCCAGCGACCUGCGUUCGGCGCUCCAGAGCAGCCGGAAUGCGUUCAAGCAGUACCUGCGCUCUCGGCCGGCCGCCUCUCUGGCCAGCGUGAAGCGGCUCAAGGAGGAGAGCUCGCGCUCGCUCGGCGUGCACCCCCUCCUGCGGACGGCCGGGGCGACGGCGGCGGACGAUACACGAGCACAGCUGCUCGACGCCGUCAGAAGCUACAAGUCAUCACGGACGAUCUUCGAAAUCGGCGUCACCACACAUCAGAACGGUGCCAAGGUGAUGAAGCAGAAGCGAAAUAAAGACGAGCAUGUCAUUGAGCGUGCUGCCGCCAAACGGAAGGCCGAAGAACUAGAGGAAGAAGGAGAUGGCGACGAAACCGCUGAAGAGAAGUCGGCCGAACCUGAGCGGGUGGCACUAGCAGCGUCCUCGGAGCAGGACAUCAGCGACACAUUCAGCCGCGUGGUUCAGGAGCGCAAGUUCGACCACCGACAACGAGAUCGCAAUAAACGCCGCAAGAUGGUGCAAACCGGCAAAGAUGAGGAAAACUAUAUCCCCUAUCAGGCCAAGGAUCAUCACACAGAAGCCGGGUAUUCGGUGACGAGCGCCUUCGAACGCGAUGCCAACGAAGCGGUACUCGAUCUCACGAUGGAUGACGACACGCGACACAAACUCAAAUCACAAACGAAACGCUGGGACCCCAAGAAAAAGAAAUACGUCGGGCAGUCUAACGACGGAAAGAACAAAAAGAUUCGCACGGAGUCGGGCGUCUGGAUCCCGGCCACCUUCCAGAAGGCGGGCAAGUAUGAUGAGUGGAAGCGGAAGACGCAGGUGGACGCCCGGGAGGAGGACGAAGAGGACGCGGCGCCGGCUCGGCGCGGGGGCCGCGGCGUCAAAGUCAUCCGACACCGAAAGAAUCAGUCUGGCCCGGCCCUGGGCGCAGGCGGGCCGCACUCCAAACGGCCCGAGAUGCGCUCCAAGGACCAGAUUCUCAAGCAGCGUGACCAGCUGGAACGGCGGAGGAAGCGGAGCACCGUCGGCGUCGGCAAGAACCGCGGGGGAAAGUCGCGCGGCGGCGGUGGCGGCAGAGGGGGCGGUGCGCCGAGAAGGGGCGGCAGCAAAGGCGGAGGACGCGGGCGGGGCAAGGGCAGGCGGUAGGGACUUUUUUGUUUUGAACAGUCGACUGUGUUUGUGCUCUUUAUUAAUAAUAUAUUAUGUCAUGGAUGA